CAAUCUCGUAGGACUUGUUAGCGUAUCACGUGCCAGAUUCUUAAUGAAGUGGACACACGAGGACCUUAUGUGCGCAUGCGCGCGGUGUAAAAUGUAGUUGGAAAUGAGGUGUCCGUCUUGGAGUAGUCGACUUUUAAAAAGCAUCGGCAGACCCUGAUAUGACGACUUCGCUGGUUCUGCAUCCACGCUGGGCGGACACCUUGAUGUACGUUUAUGAAAAAAGCCCGAAUGAAAACAACCAAAAUAAAAGCCAAACAAUGGAGGGACUGAGCGGUAAUUGCCCCGCGACCCACUGCAGGGACCUAAUGUCGCACCCCGCUCUGGGACGACAUUCCGGCACCUUAGCGACCCACCAAGGCUCCGUCUACUCGGAUAUAUCCUCUCCGGACACCGGCCGGCAGUGUCCCGCUCCACAGACAUCCUCUAGUGCGUCUUUGAGCUACGGUUAUCCGUUUGGAAACCCUUAUUACGGCUGUAGAUUAUCUCACUCGCACAACGUGAACUUGCAGCAGAAGCCCUGCUCGUACCAUCCCGCAGAGAAAUAUGCCGAGCCCAGCACAGCGUUGCCCACGGAAGAACUGUCUACCAGGGCCAAAGAGUUUGCCUUCUACCCGAGUUUCGCCAGCUCAUAUCAGGCUGUUCCGGGAUAUCUCGACGUGUCCGUCGUGCCGGGUAUCAGUGCCCACCCUGAGCCGCGGCAUGACGCCCUGAUCCCCAUGGAAGGCUAUCAGCACUGGGCUCUCUCCAAUGGCUGGGAUGGGCAGGUGUACUGCUCCAAAGAGCAAACGCAGUCCACUCAUCUUUGGAAAUCACCAUUUCCAGAUGUCGUGCCACUGCAGCCCGAAGUCAGCAGCUACCGUCGUGGGCGUAAAAAGCGUGUCCCUUACACCAAGAUCCAGCUGAAGGAGCUGGAGAAAGAAUAUGCAGCGAGCAAGUUCAUCACCAAAGACAAGAGAAGACGCAUCUCCGCCGGCACCAAUCUCUCAGAGCGUCAAGUCACAAUCUGGUUCCAAAACCGGCGAGUCAAGGAGAAAAAAUUCGUCUGUAAAUCCAAGAGCAAUCACAUGCACACCACUUGACAAGAUCAGAGACCUCUUUGAAAACUACAACUCAUACCUUCCAAAAACAUAAUGCCAUAUAUUUACCUCUUGCAUCGAAAAUCGUGGCUGAAGAACAUAUUGAGUGUUUUUUUAUUAUUUAACUUCCAUCUUCUUUCAUCGACCAUGCCGCAUCUCCCCCUGUUUUCAAUUUAGAGAAAAUACUCUAAAGACUGUGAAAAUAUUGAAAAUUUCACUUCACAUUUGUUUUAUAUGAAUGUAUAUAUAUAAAUAUAUAAUAUUUAAAACAAUAUAUGUAUUUCAAAGACAAGUAUUGCGUGUUUUUUUUUUCUUUCUUUAAAUUUCCAAGCCAAAUCUCAAAAGGAGCUGAUGACAUUUCGAAGACUUGAAUCGGACGGAUGAAAUCACAGCAGACAAUUCGUUUGAUGUCAUUUUAGAAAGAUAAUCGCCGUAUGGAUAUGUGUGCCAUGGUGAUACGCUGAACUUGAGACUUUCAUCUAAAAGCUCCUAAAGACUUUCAAGAGAGUGGCUUUUUUUCAUUUUUUUUUUUUUCAUUUUAAUAUUUCCUCUGAAUUUCAAAAGCUAUGAUCUCUGUGUGGGAUUUGUUCUCUUAAGCCUGGACUAAAACAAAGGUUGCUAUGUUGUUAAUCUGUAUAGUGCAAUGCCUUUAUUAUUUAAUUCAUAUUAUCUAGUAUGGUGGAACUGUUAACUGGAAUAUCCCGACAACUGUAUGUUUUCCUUUGUCAGAAGGAUUCUGCCAUGCAACUGGAAUGAUUGUAAACCAUUAAAGUCAGUGAGUAUUACACAUAAAUGCACAGUCGUUGAUUUAAUUUGAUUUUUUGUCUUUGUUAGUGUAGCAUUGCAGCUGAUCUUGCGCCUUGUACGCAGCCUGUUAUUUCUACUUUCGUGCAGUAUGUGAACUGUAUUGUGGUGUUGAAUUACGUCCUGGUAACGUGUUUCAUAAAUAAAUGAUGAUUAUGAAAAUGUUCAAAUA